UCUCUCUUCUGCUGAUUUCAAUUAAUGAUAACGUAGAUAAGAACUUUAAUAAAUAAAGUAAAGUUAUGAUCAUGAACGUAUCAGAUAAACCUUUUGCAUGUAACGAAAAAAAUUGUUUUAUGACAUUUGCUAAUGAAGAUCAUUUGAACUCUCAUAAAAAAAAGCACAGCAUGGGUUUCAAUUUAGAAUUUACUGGGAAAAGUAGCGAAACAGUUUUAGGUGAUCAAACACCUACACCUACCAGCUUUUUCCGCAAUUGUGAAGAAGUAGGACUUUUUCAAGACUUGCAGAAUGUGAAUCCAUUCGAAGAAACAUUCAAAAAGGCACUAGAAAAUUCAGAAAACAGAUCAUUGAAGUCUGGAAUUCUAUCUGAUGUAUCGAAUGAAGAUACCUUACAUACUCCUCAUAUAUUUCCAUCAGUAGAGGAAUCUUUGCAUGAGAAUAUGUUGGAUAUUAAUAACAGUGAACUAUCAAUUAUUAAUAUGAUUGAGAUUCCCCAAAUAAAUGAUAAAGUCCAACUACUCAAUGAAAUUUCUAUUCAAGAUUCGGCAGAAAAACAAGUAGACUUAAAAAGUAAAUUAAAACAAGCUCUGAUGAAGAAAGAUAAGCUUGAGUUAAAUAGGAAUUUAGAAAAAAAAAUUGAAACGAAUAAAAUUUCGAAUAAUGAGAUAACAAAAUGUACUAAAUCAAAGGAUGCGUCAAGCAUUGAAAGAAUCAGACAAAUAAAUAGAGCAGCUCAAAUGAAAUGUAGAGUUAAAAAAAAACGACAGAUGGAUAAAAUGAUCUUAGAACUAAUCAAUUUGAGGAAAGAGAAUGUGGAACUGAAAAAAGAAAAUGCCUGCUUGAAGCAAAACAAUAAAAAUCUUUGGAACGUCUUGGAAGAUUUAGGAGAAACUAAAGAAAGUAUUAUCGAUAAACUCACUUCGCUGGAUAAAAAGAACAUAGCUACUCCUAAGAUACCAACUUCAGAAACAAAUACAAAGCAGCUCCCACUAUUAGCACCUGCUGGGUCAGCUAUAAUACCCAGGAGUACUCCAUCAGCACCAAUACUUUUUAAUUUAUUUCCAGUACAAUUACUUAAAACUGAUACAUUGAAUGGUAUAUCUAUUCCACUUACAUCUAUUUCAUCUGAAUUGAAAAGACCCAAAAUUUCGCCUCGAAUCAUUAGAAAAACCUGAAUCACUAUGCAGGGUGGCUGAAGUCCAAGUGUCUAUUAAAUACUUCUAUAGAACUGUUGCUAUCUGAAUAUUAAGUUUAUGACAUUGUUCCAUACAUAAUAAUAUGAUCUAUUAAGAUAAAAAAUAUUUUUGAAAGCUGAGCUCUUCUGGUUAUUACAGUAAAUAAAAAUUUAUUUUUUUGAUAGUUUGAAAAUUAUUUGGACUAAAGCAACAGUUCCAAUAGAAGGUGGUUCAGAAUUGAAUGAUAUCAAAGAAGAAAAAAGACUUUUUGGAAGAGUAUUGAAAUGGGCUCAUUUCUCCAGAAAAGUAUAAUAGGCACUUUCCAACUCGGGACGCUUUGUAUAGUAAAACAAGUUUUCUUAGAUUAUCAAUGUUGAAUUUUAUUUGUUUUUUUUUGGUGUUUAGUUUAUUCAAACAAAAUAGUAGUGCAAUAAAUGUAUUUAUUUUCUGUACAAGCGAUAUAUGGUGCAAAAGUAUAACUUCCCGACUAUAACUCACAGAAAUUAAACAUAUAUGUAUAAGUAGGCCCCUGACUAUUUUAACGGCCACCUCAGAUCAUUGAUUUUUUCAUCAACUUCAAUCAAACGUAUCUUGCAUAAAAAAAGUUACUACAUUGUUAAGGAGUUCCUGGAUGACAGAAUGUCAUUUCGAAUAACUUCCAGGAAAUUAAUUUUUUUUUUUACUUGUUGGGAAUGUUUGAGGGAAGUAGGUAGGAGAAAAAAAAAUAUUUUCAUUUAUAUUUGUAGUGAUAUUUAUUAAUAUUUAUAUACCAAUUGAAACGCUACUUUAUCAUAUAUAUUUUAUGAAAAUAAAUUAUCCUCA